CAUCAAACCACUCUUGAAGCAUUUUCUUCACCAUUACAAGCAACUAUCUUUCUUCUUCUCUGCCUCGUUUCAGAUGGCAAGAUGGGAUGAAAUUUUGUCCCUUCCUGUGCAGAGUCCUCCAACCUUAGAGUUUUCCGCUGUUGAUAUUGUUUGGUCAAAGGUGGAAGGUUGGCGCGACAAAUUAGAUAGAGUUGCUCUUAUCCCAUUUGCUAGAGUGGAUGAUUUUGUGAGGGGUGAAUCUGCCAACAAAGAUUGUCCAACAAGAUUUCAUGUUGAAGCAAGGCGGCGGCGUUCAACAAAUGCAUCCUACAAACCCAAGGUUGAUGGAAUUCUUGAAUAUAUUUUCUGUAGGUAUUGGUGUUCCUUUGGACCUGAUGACCAUAGGAAGGGUGGCAUUGUCCGACCUAGUAGGAAUACAUACAUUCCAAAGAAUAAAAAUGCUGGACGGCCUAAUACUAAGAGAGGGUGCACGUGCCACUUCAUUGUUAAGCGUUUAAUUGCUGAACCGUCUGUAGCACUUAUCAUAUAUAAUGAUGAUAAGCAUGUAGAUAAGAAUGGAUCGCCAUGUCAUGGCCCACAAGACAAGAAGGCUGCUGGAACUCGUGCGAUGUUUGCCCCAUACAUAUCAGAAGAUCUCCGACUUCGUGUGUUAUCAUUACUAUAUGUUGGGGUCUCUGUGGAGACAAUAAUGCAGAGACACAAUGAAUCAGUGGAGAAACAGGGUGGUCCUUGUAAUCGUGAUGACCUCUUAACCCACAGGUAUGUUCGAAGACAGGAGAGGAGCAUCCGGCGUUCUACAUAUGAACUAGACCCAGAUGAUGCAAGCAGCAUCAGAAUGUGGGUUGAAAGCCACCAGAGUCAUGUUUUCUUCUAUGAGGAUUUUUCUGACUAUGAACCUUUCACAUUGGGCAUUCAAACAGAGUGGCAGUUACAGCAGAUGAUUCGAUUUGGCAACCGUAGCCUUGUGGCUUCUGAUUCAAGGUUUGGAACAAACAAAUUGAAGUAUCCUUUACACAGUCUCAUCGUGUUCAACUCCGACAACAAGGCCAUCCCAGUAGCCUGGGUAAUAGCCCCAAGAUUUUCUAGUGCUGAUGCACACAGAUGGAUGAGGGCUCUUUACAAUAGAGUUUGCACAAAAGAUCCUACUUGGAAGCUGGCUGGGUUUAUAGUUGAUGAUCCAUCAGCCGAUGUCCCUACAAUCAGGGAUGUUUUUCAGUGCUCUGUGUUGAUUUCUUUCUGGCGGGUCCGCCAUGCAUGGCAUAAGAACUUAGUGAAGAGAUGCUCAGAAACAGAGAUGCGUGCUGAGAUUUUGAAGCGGCUUGGACAGGCUGUGGAUGGCAUCUGUAAAGGACAUGGAACUGUGGAUGCGUUUGAGUAUUGCAUGGAAGACUUCAUGGAUGCCUCAGAUUUUAUGGAUUACUUCAAGGCAGUUUGGUAUCCCAGGAUAGGGACUUGGAUCACUGCACUAAAGACUCUUCCGAUUGCCAGCCAGGAGACUAGUGCAACAAUGGAGUUUUACCACAAUCAAUUGAAAUUAAGGUUGUUGAAUGGGAAGGAUCCUUGUGUUUAUCAACGUGCUGAUUGGCUGGUUGAUAGGUUGGGUACUAAAGUACAUUCUUACUUCUGGCUGGAUGAAUACUCAGGGAAGGAUGAUUUUGCACGAUAUUGGAAAGAUGAGUGGGUGAGUGGUUUAACAUCGUGGCGCAAAGCAUUAAAAAUUCCAGAUUCCAAUGUUGUCAUUGAAGGUAGAUGUGCAAUAGUCACAGACGAACAUGAAGGAGAUAAAGCUUAUGUUGUUUGGAACCCCGGUUCCCAGUUUGGUAUUUGCAAUUGUAGUUGGGCAGAAAUGGGCUACCUGUGCGAGCAUAUGUUAAAAGUCAUUGGAGUCUGUCGCAAGAAAGGAUCUAUUAUGCCUUCUAUAAGUUUGUUUCAAUACAACCAGGCCCUGAUUGAGAUGUUGAACUGUUCACACCAUGAUUCUUUGAUUCGUGAUCACGCUAUUUCUUUAGCAGUCUCUGUACAGAAGCAGUUAAAUGCACUAGUAGAUGUGGAAAGCCGCCAAACUAUUGUAGAUACUAUUCAGAAACAACCUGUGGAUACCAUUGAGCAACAAACUGUAGGGGGGGUUUCUGCUGUUCAAGAUAAAGAAUUAAUCAAUGAUAGUCGGAGCAUGAAUGAGGAUGUAUCAUCUCACAAUGAGAAGGGUUCUGUGGAUGAACAAGAUGCUCCUGAUCGUAUUGCAAAUGAUUUGGGUAGUGGACUCAUUAAUCAGGUAGUCUGUGAAAGCAGUGUUUGUGGUAUGACUACUGAAGAAGAAAUUUGUUGUGCGAGUGCAGAUGUUGACCCAUCACUCAUAUGUAUUUCCCCACCUGGAUUAGCUUCUGUUGAUGAGAUUGUAUCCAGUAAUUGCUUCUCCAAGAAUGAAGAGAGAGUUUCCGUUAAUACAGAAGCUGCAAUUAACAUUAAUCCUUCCAAAGAUGCUUCUUGCACUGGUCAAAAUGGAUUUGAAGUUCUUUCAAAUAAAGAUUGUCAUCAAAGUGUGAUGGAAGAGGAGCGACUGGCUGUUAAAAUGCCUCCAUCAACAAUUGACUACAUGGAGCAAUGUGAUGUGACUAAUCAGAAUGGUGCUUUCAAAGAUGACACUGAGCUAACAGCUCGCUCUAACAAAGCAGAUGAAAAUUCCCCCUCUGAACAGGCCUCUUCCUCCUUGUCUGUGCCCAAUGAGUCAAACAUGGUUGUUGGUAUGACUAAAACUUCAAGUGGUAUCAAAAACGAUCAAGUGGAGGAGUUACAUGGUGUGAAUGGAACUACCACUGAGGACACUUGCUCUAUCGAUAAUGCUGUCCGAUCAGAUAAGAAUUGUCAGGAUGCAACGAUUGAUUAUAAUCUAUGUGAUGAUGCCAUGGCAGUUGAUGGAGCAAUGCCUUCAUGCUCAUCAAGAAGUCACCCAUCAAUACUGAGUGAUGGUGAUGAACAACCUUUUGUUGUUGAAGCUCAAGCAACGGAAUCUUGUGAGGUGCCAUUGAGUGAUAAACCUUCUUUAACUAAAUGUAAUUUAAAAAGGAGUGCUGAAGAUGAUAAUUGUGACUGUGAACCUAUCCAUACCAAAAAAAAAAAGGCAAAACAAGUAAUGAGCACGUGAACAUUGUCAUUGGUUGCAACAGUGGUGUGACAGAGGGAAUUGAUAGUGAGAUUUCUGGUGUGCUCUGGCAAUUCCAAGGUCCGAGUCUGACAAACACCAGAUAGAUGCUGGGAUUGCCUCUAGUGAUGGCUGCAAAUAUGGAUGCUGUAUCUACAAGUCAUCUACGAUACUGGUGCUGUUUCACUCGAGUGGAGUUAAUAUUUUGACUAGGGAUAAGAAGCUUUAUU